UCGCAAAUAUUUGAAUUUGAUUUUAUAGAGGCAACGUGAUAGCUUGUUUAUAAAUUGAAACCAUGAGCUCUAAUGUAAUACAAAUACAAGAGAUUCAUAACUGGUUGAAAAUUAUUUAUCAAAAUGAAAAUAUACCAACAUUUGAAAUUAAUAACAGGACUUUAAACAUUCUUGCUUCUAUAAUGACUCGCUAUCAAGAGAAAGAAAAACAUUCCCAGAUAAUUAUGAACUAUUUGAAGAAUUCUGCUGCAGAAUACAAUAUAACUGCCGAAAAACUUUCGAAAAUCCUUCAACAAGUUAAAAUUAACCUCCACACUCAACUACACUCAGAUAUUUCUGGACUAGCAUUGGUUGCAAGUGUUCUUAACUUAAAAAAUACAUCUCUUAGCAGUUUUAUACAUGAAAUGGAAAGGAUUUUCGAAGAGACUGCAAAAAUUUCCGAGACUCGUAAAGACGAAUCCAAAAUUUCAGGAAAAUUAUCUUCCGAUUCCAUAGCAAUGCAACAGAAGCUACAGCAGUUAGAAAGAGAGCUUCAAGAAGCUGAGAAGUGGUGGCAAGAUAAUCUUCCCGAAAUUCACAAUAACAAGAAAUAUUCUUCGUUUUUAAAGUCAAAAGUCAAAGAAUACGAUAAAGAAUUAAAUCAUUUAGAGAAAUAUCUACAGAAGAUGCAGAUUGAUCCAAAUAUUUAUCACAGUACUCUUGUCAAGAAGUCUGAGUCGAUAAAAGAAAUGAAGGAGAAAUUGAAUACCGUUCAGAUGAAGCUGCAAUGCAUGGCCAAUCUUCCGGCAAACGAAGACUUGGCGAGAGUAAAAAUUGCUGAAGCAGAAAUGGAACUGGAAAAACUCGAGAGAGAAUUCUCGUCAAGAGUGGAAAGCAUCAUCCCAAAAUUGCAUCCCGUCAUUUAAAUUAAUAAAAAAACAAACACCGGAGACAGUAACUGGAAAGCUGUAAAGAUCUUUAUUUUAUGACACAUUUUGCUAUAAUUCAAAGUUCACAAAUAAAUAAU